GGUGAGUAGCGGAGCAGGUCCUUAAUGCAUCCUAUUUUGUUUCUGUUUAAUUUGAAUUAUUAUCCUGCCCUAGAAAAUGAUGGGGCGGACAUGGACUUGCCUUUGAAAACAGUAUUUUUUGCACGCUUAAUUUUAAACCUUUCAUGCAGGUGAAAGACAACUAGCCAAAUACCAGACCUUUAACUAUUAUGCAUAAAAGGCUUUUUGGUCUGCAAUGCUGAAUCUUUCCUGGAUUUCUGAUUUUGCAGUUGCUUGUGUAAUAAAUUUAUCCAAUGUGAAACUGUCCUUUUUUCUUUUGAUUUUCAGAGUUCAAAGAGGCAUUUUCCCUCUUUGAUAAAGAUGGCGAUGGCACUAUCACAACAAAAGAGUUGGGAACUGUGAUGCGAUCUUUGGGCCAGAAUCCUACUGAAGCAGAAUUGCAGGACAUGAUUAAUGAAGUUGAUGCAGAUGGUAAUGGAACUAUUGACUUUCCUGAGUUCUUGACCAUGAUGGCCAGAAAAAUGAAGGAUACUGAUAGUGAAGAGGAAAUUCGUGAGGCAUUCCGUGUAUUUGACAAGGACGGUAAUGGUUACAUCAGUGCAGCAGAGCUCCGUCACGUUAUGACAAACCUAGGUGAGAAAUUGACAGAUGAAGAAGUAGAUGAAAUGAUUAGAGAAGCAGAUAUUGAUGGUGAUGGCCAAGUCAACUAUGAAGAAUUCGUACAGAUGAUGACUGCAAAAUGAAGAAUUUUACCUUUUUCCCCCUUCCUAGAAAAAGUUGAAAUCUUUUACUUACCUCUUGCAAAAUGUUCAUUUAUUCAUUCUGUUUCUGUAUAGCAAAAGUUACUGAAUGUCAAAAGAAAAAAAAAACCUGUCCACAAACUCUGCAUGUAAAUGAUCAGUGGUCCUGUCCCCAAAGAUCUUCAAGCCAUGCAUCAGUAAAACUUGUACUACCUUAAAAACAAAGGCAAUUGGACUCUAUGAAGUUCCAUGCUGAAACACUGUUUGGGCUGGCCAGUUUUUCAUGCAUGCAGCUUGACAGUUGAGCACAGCCUGGCUCUGUUAAUUCCACUUUAUGUUCUUUGUGGGAAUAGUUUAGUUUUUCCAGUUUAUACAUUGUACCAGGAUUGUUCCUGAAAAGUUGGUUAAAUUUUGAGUACUGAGGCAAGAAAAAAACAGAAGGUUUGUAAUUGUAUGACAGUCCCUAGAGUGGAAUUGUUUUCAUACUUAAUGUGUGCUCAUAAAACAAUUACCAGGAUUGAAGAUCUUGAAUUUUUAAAAUUAAAACGAUGGCAUGCCUGUAUAAAACUUGGUUAACGUGUCUGCAUUGCACUAUAGUGAAACGGAUGUCAGGCAAUUUACCGUUCACUGACUUUUUAAAAGUUACCUAUGAUAAGGGAGUGUCUCAGACUCUCGUGUUUAUCUUCUGUUCUGUACCAUAAACUUGGAGCCGUCAGAGUAUAUAUCUACAUAGGACUUCAGCACAAUGACGACAUGGCUGUUCAGCAAAUUACAAUUAUGUCCAUUCCAAGUUGUAAAUGCUAGUCUUUUUUUCCAAUAAAAGACCAUUAACUUAA